GCGCGUGCGCCGUGCCCGUGUCUACGCUGCCGCUCGCCGAAAGCAACAGCUUAGUUUGCAUCGGGUGAACUUAUCGUGGAGGCGCCUGCUCUUCCUUCAACACUCGCCAAAGGCCGCGCCCUGCUAGAGGCUCGCUCCCGGUCUCCUUCGGUUUAUGCGGAUAGGACUUAUCGCGUUGCCGUUAACGGGCUUUGCUUCUGUUGUCUCGCCGAGGCAGUUUUUUGCAGACAGCAAGGGCGACAUCGGCACGAUGAUUAGAUACCAUCGGAACGUCGUCGUUUCCUCUGCCACGCCUUCUUCUACGUCACCUUAUCAGAGUGCCGAACGAUUGCUGUGUGAAUCCGCUCGGCGCGUAAUCUCGGUCAUCGGUGUUGCGGAGGAGGUAAGGUACUGGACUCCAACCGCCUUUUGAAAAACAUGGAUUGACCUCGUUCAGCCAAGUGCUUGCUCUGCUGCAGUGGUCCUCGAAUCGAAGUUACAGGCAGGUUUCCAUCGCCUUUUCACUUCAUUCGAGUGAUAAGGAGUGACAGUUCAAGAGUGCCCGACCAUUUGGGAAUACGAGAAGGCGACACUAAUGAAGGCGUUGCUGUGGGACCAGAUAGCUUAUCAGUAAGUCGUUCGCCUUUUAGGAUAGAGUAGCUGACUGACCCAACCGGGAAGACAAUCGGCCACUUAUCACUGCACAGAUAGGCGUAGUCGAUAAGGGCGCUUCCUCAAAUCGCUGGCCCAGCCAAAGUGGCGUUGAGGUCCACAUGAACGCCGCAGCUGCAGAGAUGGGUCCUCGCAGCUCGUACACGUUGGUGGGCUACUCUCGCGACCUGGACUGGAGACCGACGAGGUUCGUGGGUCCCGUGCCUUCGGUGCGGGUGUGCAGCCUGUGUGGCCUCAUACCUGACGCGACGGUGCAACUGCCCUGCGCUCACGUGCUGUGCCGCCUGUGUUUCGACGGCUCGCUCCGGCAAGGGGGCGUUUGCCCGCUCGACGGCCAAGGCUUCGCGCGCGAAGACGCAGAGUGGAUAACGCUGUCCCUGGAGAGCUUUAUGAGGAGGAAGGUACGAUGCUGGAACGACGUGAACGGAUGCGACGAAGUCGUCCAGGUGUCCAAGGUUGCCGACCACUUCAGCAACGAAUGCGCCUUCCACGCCGCCUCGUGCCCAAAGUGCGGCGCCACGGUUCUUCACAGGGACAUCGUGGAACACCUGAAGUCCGGGUGUCGCACGGCCGUCGUGCCGGGCUCGGCUGUUCCUGCCACGAGCGACGCCCAGAGCCAGUGCGGUGAAAUCCCGGAACACGCCCUCAAGCCCGCGCGUUUGUCAGCCGUCACGCCGGGUCCUGUUACGAUGAGAGACGCUGGGAGUCAGUGCGAUGAAGUCCUGGAGGAACGCGGUACGGGACGCUCUUCAGCCGCCGUGCGGGUCGCCACUAUUGCGGCUACGAGGGAAGCCCAAACCCAGUGUAGCGAGUGUGACGUCAACGUACAGGCCGAAGAUGACUUGAAGGAAGCCAACGCGGCGUUGGCGCUCGCGUCUGCGCAGAAGGAAUCUCUCGAAGCAGACCUCAAGGAGCUCAAAGAACUGUUCGCCCAGAGCUUCGCCGUUCUUACGGCUAUGGAGAAAAUCUCGCCGGACGCCCGUAAUGAAAGUGCGGAGAUUCCUGGAAAGAGACAUUCUUUGAAGCAUCGAGAGGGUAAUGUCAGCUCCUUGGCCAAGCAGCUUCGUGAAGGCAUCAGCGAAGUUCUGAGGGCGUGGAAGGAAUACCAAGCUCGCCAACUGAACCGCAGCGACUCCAGCGAUACUAGCAGCGACAAGACGGAACCAUUCGCACCUCACCAAAGUCCCGUCGCGUGCAGCGUCUGUCACGACUGGUGCGUGGCAGGCUACGCGGCGCUCAAGGAAGUCGCACUCAGGGAUGGCAGUGACAGACGUGCCGAGUAGCCCCGGCUACUUCUUCGGCUACCGCAUCGAGCCCAUUAUUCGCUUCAAGACGCAUGGCAAUAGCCUCAGGAUGCACUUCGGUUUGCAGGUAAUGCGUGGCGAAAAUGACGAGCAACUCUUGUGGCCGUUCCACCACUACGUGCGGCUCUGGUUCGUGGUGCCAUCUGGCGAAGCUAGCAGCGGUUUACCUCUGGAGAUCGUGCCGGAGGUGGUUGACGGGCAUCUCUACGCCAAGCCCACCGAAGGCUCCCGCGGCAACGGGCACUGUCUGAGCACGGCCUCUGUUGACCUGAGGGCGCUCGAAUCUGGAGGAUAUGUGGAGAAUGACAAACUGCGGCUGCGAUUCGAAGUACUGCCGUGAUGUAUGGCGCGACGUUCCUGACUAAGAACGCACGUAAUAGCGAUUAGAAGCACGGUGACAGAUCGUCUUCAAGACGAAGAUAGAGGGAUCGGUUCGGAUAGGAGUGCCUGAACGUACUACACUUCACCGGGCCCAGGAUACAAUAGCUAUGGAGGAAUCAGCAAGGACGAUGGGGAUGAUUAGACGGAGUAAGUCAGCCUUCCUAAAGUACAGUGCUGACCUGCUUCAAAAAGGCGCACUCUAUUUACCUUCAGCUGUUCUUCGUGAGUUCCCAUUACCGAGAAAGUAGGAAGGCCAAUUCUCAAAUACAACUAUCAAAAGCAUGUGAGUAAAUUAGUGAAUACUGCAAGGACAUUUUUUCAAUCCUCCAGUCUUUCAAAAUGUCAGGUCCUAAAUCUAUUACCGUAGCCUUGAGAAAACAUCUUGAAUUUGAUUUCGUGCAAAUAUAUCAAGGCCACAUCAUCAAGAGGUGACAGGGUGCAUCAGUACGCCUGUUAGCAGUAGUGGUCUAUUCUAACGACAUUCAAAUAAAUCAAACCUUGAAGUACUGCCUA